AUGUCGUGGUCUGACAAGAAUCUAGCUGGCCGAUUUCGCUAUUGUGUGGACUCUAUGCUGGAGAUGGCAACUACAAAGUGUAAGUACUUUAGGUGGAUCGAUGAUGAGUUGACUCCACACUAUAAUAAUAUCUUCAACUCUUUUAAAUAUGAGUUGCAACUAAUGAAAGACACUAGUUACUCGGGAAGGCCAAAUAGGAGGAUUGCUACUCUUGAGAAGCUCAAUGUUGAAACCAAUGUUGCUAAAGAUUGUAGUGAAGCUGAAUUAGCCGUGACAAUUGAAGAAAACACAUUUUUGGUGAAUUGA